AUGCCGGGCGGGGUGCGCUGGGUGCCUUCCAGCGAUCCCUCUGACUACCAGUCGCAGAAACAAUGCAAGAGGACAUCAUUCGCCUUCUACCAGGCAGUGCGGGACCUGCUGCCGGUCUGGGUGCUGGAGGACAUGCGGCUGAUGGAGGCUCUGCACUGGGAGGAGGGUGGCCGGGUCAGCUCCUACACCCCCUCCGAAGCUCUGCUCUAUGCACUGGUCCACGACCACUUGGCCUAUGCCCGUUACCUACUCAGUCACUUCCCCCAUGACGCUCUGGCCGUGCCCAGCAAAAGCUUCAGCUGCUGCCAGUCUGCGGCUCCCCAUCUCAGCAUGGCCGUACGCUACGACCGGGCGCAGAUCCUGCGUGAGAUCCUGGGCACCCUGCGGACCUUUCCCCCCUCCAACCGGGCUGCCUACCUCAACAGGCACGGGUGCCAGCGGGUGGAGAUGGGGAAGACCCCCGUGCAUCUGGCCUGCGAGCUGCAAAGAGCCGAGUGCCUUGCCCUGCUGUUGGGGCACGGCGCCUGCCCCUAUGCCACGGACUGUAGCGGCGACACCCCGUUGGACUACCUGUUGCAGCUCAUCCGCAGCAGCCCGCAGGACAUGCACCUCAAGCGGCUGUGUCUGGACUCGCUCCUUCUCUACAUGCCUGGGGGGCUACCCCCUGCCACCCGCCACAAACUGCGGGAGGACCGUGACACCCUGCGGGAGGCGCUGGGCCAGGAGCUGUACGCCUGGCUGACCGGUGCUUCGCCUCCCAGCCUCUUCACCUUAUCUAUGCAGAGCCUGCUCAGGGCCCUGCCAGCGAACAGAUUCCCCGAGGCCCUGGAGGAGCUGCCCCUGCCCGAUUUUCUGAGACCCCUGGCCUUAAAAAAGCAAAUCCCAAAAUAG